UACUUUGUUAUAUAUACAGUUUUUAACAUGCUACUCUGGCUUGUGACAGAAUAAGCAGUCCUAGAUCAAGUGUUGUGAUGUAAGUGUAACAUCUUUGCUGUCAAAUGUUUUUUUAAAAAAAAGUUGAAUCACUACUUUGUUGCAAAAAGUGUCCCACUUUUAACUUAAAUGUCCUCUUUGUUUAAAAUGAUUUUAACUUCAGGGAAUGCUAGUUUUUGUGCUCAGUGGCAUUUUUUUUCUUGAUCUGACAUGAGUGCUCAAAAUGGAAAAAAAAAAAAUUAGGCCCAAAAAUCUUGACAUUUUAUUCUAACAGUCUGCCUCUGAUUUUCUUCCUGGUAUUUCAAGGUUUUGAUUGGAGGAGUGGCUCAGUGGAUCCCAAUCCUUGGAGCUGGAUGAGUGGAUCGAUUAGGGAAGGGAUAGGCAAGGAUGGAUGCUCGGAACGGGAUCAGUUUUCCAGGAUUCAAAUGAGAGUUGAAUUCAGAACUAAUUAACGGGAGUCCCAGAGCAACUUUUUUUCUAUUAGGCCCCCACAUGCCUAUUUAAAGUUUUUCAGUGGUAAUGGCUUUAUUUUACAAGAAAACGAAACUGAGGACCAGGAAGUUGGAUCAAAGGAUGGAAUCGUAGAUGCCUGUAUUCACAGCUCCAGCAUCUCUCAGCUGUGACGGUGACUGAUGAAAAACCCUGUACGCACAGUCAGACGAUACCCACCUGCAGCUACGCUCUCCUUUCCUUUUAGCCCACAGUCACUGGUCUGUGCUGUGAAUGAUGCAUUGUGGGAUGAAAUAAGAUGCCGGCAGACAGGAGCUGGAGAAAAACGCUUGCAACACACGGGGAGGCUGCGGCUCAGCCAAUGGCAGGAUGCGGCAUGCAGCAGAGGGGCGGGGAGCUGUCGGAGCAGCACAGCAGAGAGCCAACCUACCUACAUGCUUAUUGUGUAAAUCUUUAAAAAGCAAUUAGCCGCAGCAUCUUCUAAACCUCACCCCCCUGGCUGGGUGAAAUACGUUUUUUUUAAUUGUUUUGAAAGAAGUAUUUUCAAGCGGCUCCAAGAAAAGUGCGGUGCAGCCUGAGUGAACGUGCUCCUUCCUUCCUCGGCAGGCAUCACCAUCAUCAUCCUUCAUCAUCUUCAGCCAUGACCGACAGGAAAGCUGUGAUCAAGAACGCGGACAUGUCCGAGGACAUGCAGCAGGACGCGGUGGACUGUGCCACCCAGGCCAUGGAGAAGUACAACAUAGAGAAGGACAUCGCAGCCUACAUCAAGAAGGAGUUUGACAAGAAGUAUAACCCCACCUGGCACUGCAUCGUUGGGAGGAACUUCGGCAGCUACGUCACUCACGAGACGAAGCAUUUCAUUUACUUCUACUUGGGCCAAGUGGCCAUCUUGCUCUUCAAGUCUGGCUGAGAAGGUUCUGAUGGGUGUUGAGGAGUUUUUCUCCCUAAACCUAAAUCGGAAAUGCACUGGUGGCUGAUGUCUCCCAUACACUAAUAAUGACAUACCAUAAUGAUGCAAAACCGGCCGUGCGCAAUUGCAUGGACUAUACACUAUUUAAUAUGUAUGUUACAGUAAGUUUAAUUUUUGAUAGUUGCCAUUUGAAUGCAACUGAAGUAGUUUUUGUUGAUGCCGUUAAAUUCUAGGUUAUAAAAGAUUUCAACGUGGCCCUUGAUUGUAUAAUAAAGGAAAGCUUUAGAAUGUAGUGGUGCGUGCGCUUUCCUUCACAAGUGGCAUUUCCACACCGUUAUGAGACUCCAUCUGUGGUUUUAGAUGGUAAAAUCAUACUGCGUGCACCAGUUUAACAAUUCAUUAUCAAGAUUUUAAUGUGUGAUCAUGAAAAGUUAUGGUUUAUGGGGCAAAAUAGUCGAAUGAGUUACUACACGGCCUCCUUUGGUGUCGAGGAGAACAUACAGCAUGAGUUUGCUUUAUUACUGCUGUGGUACUAGUUAAAAAUGAAUAUUUUUUUUUGUCUGUAGAUGCAGGUACAAAACCUUUAGCAUCCUCAAUUUGGAUUUAAAAAGAAAUCCCCAACACACGUGAAACUUUAGCAGCCGCUCUCAGAAAAAGAUGUCACGACAUCCAACACACUUGACGCUCUGGAACAAACACGAGUCAGUGUAAGCAUUUCCAGGGAUGUUUUGUUUGCUCUUACAAUUUUCACUGUGAGGGACAAUAGAGCAAAUAAAGCUCACAUACACAGACCUUAGCCUGUAAUGUCCGAGUUACAACACUACCGACUGGUUACCAAAAUUUCCUGACUCGCCUGCCUAGAUUGCAGUCUUAAAAUCCUGUGUUUCUGCAUGUUUUGAGGAUAAUAAUCAUAAUUUCUUUUUACUGUCACCAGACACAAACAGAAGCUCAUCUUGAAGCUAAAUGAUUUAACUGUCAUUUUGAGUAUGUAGAUAUUGGACUGAGCCGACGUGUGUGCGUGUUGUCCCAGUAAUUGCUAUAAAGAAGCGUUAGGAUGGUGAUUUAGCUAAAAAAAAAACAAACAAAAAAAAAAACACCUGCAGUCAACUCCACCAAGGCUACCAAUGCCCUUGUGUUUCAGGUGGUUGUGUCAUCUUGUAAGGCUUGUGAUACUUUUGAGUUGCAUUAACCCCCAACCUUUAUUUUGGUUUGCAUUGCCAGUAUACUGCCAGACAUGCAGGAAAGACAAAGCGUUUGGAGUUGGGACUUGUUAAAGCAGCUGUCUAGCACACUGAUUUGGGGUUUUUGUUUUGUCAUGUAAGUAUAAUUAGUUUGAAAUGGCAAUGCACAGUGUUUGGAUUCUGUUGAAACGUGUUCUUUGGGAGGGCAGAUUGGAGGGAUUUAGUCCAUAGAGUUGGAGGACGCUGCACAUUUCUCGCUAAAGACUGAGUGUUUACUCAGUUUUCCUCUCCCAUAAUCCAACAGUGGGUGAAAUGUGUAUGUCUCAAGUGCUAGCUUGAAUAGACAGUGUGUUGGCGGGAAGUCUUCCUAACUAUUGUCAAUGUAAACUGGUUUAGUAUUGUUUUCCUCUGGCAUGUAUUUUUGCUGUGUAUAUGUAGGAGUCGUUCCAAUGCUGUUAAAUUUGCACAAAACGUGUGCCUGUCAUUGCUCUCUACUGUAACCGGCUUGAGUACAAUUGCACUUCAUUAGAAUUAUCCAGUGGGUUGCUACAGAACCAAAAUCACAUAAACUCGAUGAAAUAAAAAUUAAUUGUUGACUUAUUA